AUGACAGAAGAGACUAUUAGUGGAACACCAAUGCAAUCUUCAGAGGAAAAGAAGUUGAAAGAGGAAGUGUCAAAAGGCGGAGCCAAUAUGAAACUCCAAGAAGAUAUCAAAGCGCGAUGCGAUUUAGUCAAUUGGGUGAUUGCAAUAAGUCAGAAAUACAAUUUAAGUAGUGCUAUUAUGGUCCAAGUCAUUAUCUUAUUUGACAAGAAUGUUAAUAAGAAAGUGCCUUCACGAGAUUUGACAGUCUUGGCUUGCUUCAUUCUGGUAGUCGAAAGUCUACUUCCUUUAACUCCAUUCCAAGUUGUUCAAAUAUGUCGAAACCGAUUUUCUUAUGAUGAAAUCACCAAAGCCAAAUUGGAGAUAAAGAGUGUGAUGAAGCAAGAAGAUAUUGAUAAUCCAAUAGAAAUGUCGAAUCAGUUUUGUGACUAUUUGUUGAAGGGUGGAUUUUUCAAUUCAUUCAUUAGUGACGUGGUCAAGAAGAUGUCUUCAUUAUUUGUAUUACUAGUCUCAUUCAACCCAAACUUUUCGGCUUUCAAUAGAAAGUUACUAGCAAUAUGUUCUGUUAUAUUAUUUACAAGAGACUUUCUUCCACGUUGUGACUUCAAACCCGAGUCCGUCUUUGGCAAUGAGUAUACAGACAAAAUUAUUGAAGACUCUUUGAACACUUUCAAACGAGACUUGAAGAACAAUUUGGUCUCUUAUCGCAGAUUCCAAAGCUUUGAUAUUAUUUAUAAAGAGACUGAGCAGUACUUGAAGUUAAAUUAA